GGCUAAAUUAAUGAGGUCGAGGAGUCCGACGUACGACCGAUGUCAUCAAUGUGACAUUCCACAGCCACGAGCGUCUUGGUGUCCUAAUUGUAACUUGUGCUCGCACCUCGUCGCGACAUAUCCGAAGACGAGGCAAAAAAAUUCUCAGUGCUGUGUUUGUCACGUUCACGCAGAAGAAAGGUAGCGAGGGCAAUGUGUUGAGUAUUUAAGAUGUUUUACCUGUAACUCACUACGAUGCACUCCUCCGUCAAGAAAGCGCACCGCCAAUCCUUGUUCUCUCCAAAUUCAGAAACUUUUGACAUGAUGCAAGACGAUACCACAGAGCGUUCAUACAAGCAGACCAAGUCCACACAGCAAAAGCAAUACAGAGACAGGGAGGUCGACAGCUUUGCCAACCUUCGCGAAGCCAUUCGCGAAAUGACAGAUGAUCAGGAACCCCCCAGAACCAAAUACGAGACACUGUCGAAGGCUGCACAAUAUAUCAGGCAACUUAACCUGAUAAAUCAGAAGCUGCAACAGCAACUUCAUACGCUGAAACCAUCUCGAAUGGACGACGAGGGCUGUAUGAUGAAACAAACGCAUGUACCUGCCAUGUCCUUGCACCGGAACGGUGAUGUCAAGUCGGUUGGCACACACUGGACGACGCAUAUCGUAUCGCAAAGCUCACUGCACAAUUUUUACAUCGGCAUGGACUCUGGAGUGUACGAUGCUGCCAUGCUGGAGGGUGCGCAGGACCAGACGAGGAUAGUCUCAGGAUCUAGUAGCAACUUGAGUCAGAUCGACCAGUAUACGUCCCUUGGACACCCCUUGAACCAGUCUCGCAUCUCCUAUGAUGGAUAUUCAUACUAGAAACAGAAGUAUGUGUACAAUAGAACUCACCAAGUUUUCUAUAGUGACGGCACGGUGGUACUGAUAAUGGAUGUGUGGUUAUAACUGGUGCACUUGCUACUGCGUGAAAUGCAUUCAAUGGGUAUUUCAAAUGGCGAUAUCAUACAUGCAUCCA